AUGAACUGUCAAGUGCUCUGUGUUGUGAUUAGCGGACUUUUAUUGCAAGCGGCUUUUGCAAGUCCUGUUGUUGACGAUGUGAAAGACCAACAUAUUAAUUCGGUUAAUUCGGAGAAGUCAACAAUAGAAGAAUCAUUAUUUAAGAAACUGAACGUGAAAUGCUCCAAUCAAGAUAUCAGUUCGUGCAUGAUGCUUAAAUUGGUGAACUAUUUCAACAGACUCUUGAAAAAAUCCUACAUUGAAUUGGGAGAUAUCGAAAUAAGUCAAACUUCAACAGAAACUGUCAAUGUAGAAUCAUCGAGAAGCUUGAACGAGAUCGAAAAAAUUCCUGAAGAAGAACAGCUUUACGAAGUAUUGAUGAAUAAAGCUCUCAAUUUUGUUAAGACAAGAUCUUUAAAAUGGAAGGUGAUUGAUGGUGCUGAUCUAGUUGUGGCUGGAAGUUCAGACAAAGAUGGAAGUCUAAACCUUGGUCUCUCAUUAAAACCCAAUAGUAAUGGAAUCGAAGAAGGUAGAAAGAAGAAAUCCAAAGGUGGUAGCGGAAUAUACGCUCUUUUGGCUGCUGCAGCAAUGAAAAUUGGUUUAUUAAAAGCAUUAGCCUUCAAAGCAUUAGUAUUACUCGUAGGAAAAGCUCUUCUCGUCAGCAAACUUGCUCUGGUAUUGGCCGUUGUCAUCGGUUUGAAGAAAUUGUUGAGCGGAGGUGAGAAACACGUAACUUACGAAGUUGUGGCCCAGCCUCAUCAUGAGCAUCAUGUAGAACACAGCCAUUCUGGAGGAGGCUAUGAUGCUCACGGAGGUGGCGGAUGGGGCAGAACUUUUGAUGCACAUGCUGCCCAGAAUCUAGCCUACAGCGCCCAUAUUCCAUCUAACUAA